GUGCAGUAUCCGGCUUUAUGCUUCAAUUUUUCUUUCUUGUCUGCUUAACUUUGAUGUUGGCUGAAGCAAUAGGCCUUUACAUUAACAUUGUAAUUAAUUCAAAUAAAAAGUUUUUCCAUCUAAAAGUUACGUUGGUAUCUUGGAUUGCUCCAAUUUUUAUCGUCAUAUUCUGCUUCUCACCAAACUAUAUGAAUUACAUAAACAACUCCUCAAACUUCUGUCGUGCUUUUGAUACUCCAUUCUACAUUGGUAUGGUAAUACCUUUUGUCAUCGUUUACUCAUUCAUCUGGGUUAUGUUUAUUAUUGUCAUAAUCUCUUUGUUAAUGUCAUCAAGAAUCAAAGAUAGCAACAAUAAAAAGAAAGUUUUAAAACCUUCAUAUAAGUAUCAGUUGGCUACAUCAUUGGCUCACUCUACAUUGUUUUGUCUAUCUUCAGUGCUAAUGUUACUAAUGACAGAGGACACUUUCACUAAUACAGCCAUUCGAGACCUAGUUGCUUCUCUAUUUGUAUUACUGACUGGAUCUCAUGGUCUUUUUCUUUUUGUAGUGCAUUGUCUUUGUACAAAAGAAUUUUAUCAUAUCUGCAAAAAAGUUUCCUUUGGCAUUAAAAGUCUUUUACUACACGCUGUUGAAAAGAAGCCCUCUAUUGACAGGAAUGGCACAGUGAAAUCCACAAAUCAAUAUCUUGAAACAAAGUUUAAUUCUAAUGUUUGUCACAAUAACUUCUCAAGCCAUUUAGAGCAGUUAUUAGUUAAAUAUUCAAUACCUGCUUCUCAAAUUAACUUGCAAGAAGCAGUUGGACAAGGUGAAUUUGGUAUAGUAUAUAGAGCUUUAUUAGCAACUGGUAAAGAUGUACCACAAGUAGUUGCUGUCAAAACACUCAAAGGAUUGUUUUCAAAAAGUAAUGUUAGUAUUCAUGAUGGGAUUUUUUCAGAGAAAUCAGAUAUUUGGUCAUAUGGUGUACUCUGUUGGGAAGUUUUUAAUGGAGGCAAGACACCAUUUCCAGGAUUGGAUCCAGCAGGAGUGAUUGAGUUACUGGAUACUGGAGGACGAUUGAACUGUCCUCAUAAUGAUGCUUGCUCAGAUAAAAUUUAUGAACUGAUGCUGUCAUGUUGGCUCGAGUGUCCUAAUGAUAGACCAUUGUUCAGUGAAUUGAAUACAUGAAUUAAUGCACUCAUUGAUCCACUGGCUCAAUAUCUCAGUAUCUCAGUCUACAAUUAUAAACUUUUGUGAGGAACAAUCAACAAAAAUAAUUCUUUAAUGAACUUAGCUAGUAAUUUUUUGACGGUUGUAGUGUGACAUGAACUUACAUAAUUUGUGUAACUCCUAUAGGCCUUACUUUUCUUAAUUGUAAUGCGUUAUUAUUAUCAUAGUCCUACGAGGGGCCUUGCAAUUAUUGAAGGCUAGCCUCACUUUAUUUAGUUGACCUUUAUAUAUAGAUUUAUAUUGUUUUUAUUAAGCCAUGAUUUUUUAGUAGUAGUCUAAAGUGUGUAAUCUUUUGAAAGAGAUUUGUUGUGUGAGA